AUGAGCAGAAACAGUAGAAAUUCUUCAUCGGCUACCUGGAAGAAAAUUGUUAGUGUCUAUGAGCAUCUCAAGGAAGGGCUUCAUUGGAAUAUUGAGAAUGUCCACAAAUCAGUUUGGUAUGAUGAAUGGACUCCUUUUGGUAAGCUUUGCAACCUUGUUCCUUAUGUACAUAUUUCUGAAUCAGAUUUCAUAGUGGCUGACUUGUGGAAAGGAGUGACUUGGGAGGUUGAUAGUCUUACCACACCUAUUCCGCAUGAGAUUAAGCAGUUUAUUUGUGAGAAGUUCAAAUUUACUAUAUGGCUUGGCUUACAUGAUGCUCUACCAACUGAGACCUUUCGAUUCAAGCGGCAUUUAGCUUCUUCAGAUAUGUGUAAGAGAUGUAACAAGGUGCAGAAAACUAUAGAGCAUUGCCUUAGAGAUUGUGAACGAUCAAAUGCAAUUUGGCAUAUGUUGGAUCCUAGUAUCCUGGACUCGACAGCUAGUACUGCUCUUGAAGAGUGGUUUUGGAAGGCUUUGGCUAACAAUGAGGCGUCUUUUGGUGCAGGGCUUUGGUGGGUAAGGAGACAUAGGUGCAAUGACAUAUUCAAUACUGACAACCCUUGGACAGACCACAAGGUUGUUGCCUUGGCCAGAAUUACCGACAAGGACUUACAGGUUUACAGGAAUCGAAACAAUGCCUUUAGAUGUGAAUUAUUUGCUACUUGGAAAGGGCUGGUUUUAGCUUGGGAUUGCGGUUUAAGGGAUAUUAUAUGUGAAAUGGAUUGCUUUGACAUUCUGCUCAUCAUGCAUAAUCUUAUAAGUGGGUAUUCAUAUGAAGUAACAGAUUUGGUUUACAAGAUUCAGGAGAUUUUAUCUCGUCCUUGGCUUGUUCACAUUGAGUGGGUGUCCUGGGAAGCAAAUAGAGCUGCAGAUUGGAUGGCUAGAUAUGGUACCAAGAGUAACUCUAAUAAUGUUAUUUGGUCUGAGCCUUGUGUUGAUCUUUAG